GACGCUCCCGCUCAAUGGGUUUUAUUUGAUUUCUCCCCUGCAGAAGGGUUUAACGGUGCCGGGGAAGGAAACGCGGGACGCACGGCCACGGCGCCGAUCGCGGAUCCUUCAGUCCGGUGUGAUUUUUCUCUCAGCCCGCACGUUGACCUCCUCAGGCGUGCCCGAGUCUUAUUUAUGUAUCUGUUUUGCAUGGACCGCGGAGCUGUGGCUGGGGGGCAGCGGGUGUCUUGUGCGUAAGCGACUUGGAUGUAAGUGGUCGUGAAAUGAAUCACGCCGCCUGGGUAGAUGCGCUCAUCUCCUCCGUCCUCUGUCCCCGGGGUUGUUAAAGAUGCGGCUGGUCGCGCCGGUACCCGUCCUGCUCUCCCGCCGGCUGCUGGGCUCGUCCCUGUAGACUGAUCUUGUCCGAUUCCACAGGGACCACCAGGGUGAAUAUUACAAAAAAAAGGAACUGGAUCCGACACCAGCACCCUGACAGAUGGAUAACUAUUCCACUUUACCACUUCAGUGUCUGGAGAUGACCACUAAACGGAAGCUCAUUGGCCGGCUGGUGCCGUGCCGUUGUUUCCGUGGUGAAGAGGAAGUGAUCUCCGUGUUGGACUACUCCCACUGCAGCCUGCAGCAGGUCCCCAAAGAAAUCUUCAGCUUCGAGAGAACUCUGGAGGAGCUCUACCUGGACGCCAACCAGAUUGAGGAGCUACCGAAGCAACUCUUCAACUGCCAGGCCCUGAAGAAGCUGAGCAUGCCUGAUAAUGACCUGUCCAACCUGCCUACCACCAUCGCCAGCCUGGUUAACCUCAAGGAGUUAGACAUCAGUAAAAAUGGAAUCCAGGAGUUUCCAGACAAUAUCAAAUGCUGUAAAGGCCUGUCUGUGGUAGAAGCCAGCGUCAACCCCAUCACCAAACUCCCCGAAGGUUUUACACAGCUCCUGAAUCUGACCCAGCUCUUUUUAAACGAUGCCUUCCUGGAGUAUCUGCCCGCUAACUUUGGCAGACUCUCCAAACUACGGAUCCUGGAGCUGAGGGAGAACCACUUAAAAACCAUGCCAAAGUCCAUUCACAGACUGACACAGCUGGAGAGGUUGGAUCUGGGUAGCAAUGAGUUCUCUGACAUGCCAGAAGUGUUGGAACAGAUACACAACUUGAAGGAGCUGUGGCUGGAUAACAACUCUCUACAGUCGAUACCAGGGUCUAUAGGGAAGCUUCGUCAGUUGCGGUACAUGGACCUGGCUAAGAAUCGUAUUGAGACAUUAGAUACGGAUAUUUCAGGCUGCGAGGCCUUAGAGGACCUACUGUUAUCCUCCAACAUGCUGCAGCACCUCCCUGACUCUAUAGGAAUGUUAAAGAAGCUCACCACACUGAAGGUAGAUGACAACCAGCUGACCUCACUGCCUCACACCAUUGGGAGCCCGAAGCCCAAGCAGGGUCUGUCUCUGCUGGAGGAGUUGGACUGCAGUUGUAAUGAGCUGGAGUCGUUGCCUCCGACCGUCGGCUACCUGAUCAGCCUGAGGACCUUUGCUGCUGACGAGAACUUCCUCGCAGAGCUGCCUCGGGAGAUUGGUAAUUGCAAGAACGUGACGGUGAUGUCACUGCGGUCCAACAAGCUGGAGUUCCUUCCUGACGAGAUCGGACAGAUGACCAAAUUGCGUGUCCUUAAUCUCAGCGACAACAGGUUAAAGAAUCUACCAUUUACAUUUACUAAACUAAAGGACCUGGCAGCUCUGUGGCUCUCUGACAAUCAGUCCAAGGCUCUGAUCCCGCUGCAGACAGAAGCCCAUCCAGAAACCAAACAGAAGGUUUUGACCAACUACAUGUUUCCUCAGCAGCCGCGACACGAUGAGGAUUACCAGUCGGACAGUGACAGCUUUAAUCCUACUCUGUGGGAAGAGCAGAGACAGCAGAGGAUGACUGUGGCCUUUGACUUUGAAGACAAGAAAGAGGAAGAAGACAACUCUGGGAAGGUCAAGGUGGAGAUUAAUCUCAAGCGCUAUCCGACACCCUAUCCCGAGGACCUGAAGAACAUGGUCAAGUCCGUGCAAAGUCUUGUGGGUAAAAGUAUACAUGCCGGGCACGGGCACCAGCACCAGCUGAGCACGGGCACGGUCACCUCAGCGGGAGGAAACAUGGAGCAUACGCACCUCAGUAAAGAGCCGUAUGAACCACCGUGGCCCCUGCCUCCUAAAGAGGACUCAAUGGGAGGCUCUCCCAACGACAUCCGAAUCUCUGACAUGAGGCCCACGCUGGUGGAGCCACCGAUGUACAAACCAAAGGUGGUCCUCCUUGGGAAGGAUAAGAAAGAGUCCACAGAUGAAGACGUGGAUAAACUGCACUGUCUGAACCACAGCGGCUCCUCAGCCACCUACUCUGACUACUCCCCCUCACAAGGCUCCUCGGGCUCCUCCAACCCACCGGCCAACACGCACUCUCACUUACACCAACACAACCCGGCCCUGCCGGCCCCCAACAAGGACCAGGCUCCUCAGAGCCACUGGACCAACAGACUUGCCCAGUCAUUCCCAAAGCCUAUUGACUCCAAACCCCUCCUGUCUCAAAGAGAAACCCCUCCGUCAGGAACCCUGCAGCAGCGCGGAGACCGGCGCCCACUCAGCGAACCGUUUGACUGGUCUGAGGCCCCUCACUAUGACAACACAGGUUUUGAUGCCGAGGAGUCUCCCCUGGACCCUCCGUCAUCCAACACCAGCCAGGGAAAUCCACCGCUGGGUUCCAAACCGCGGAGCCAGUCGACACACGGCCGCCGCCCGCUCCUCAGGCAAGAGCGGAUUGUAGGAGUGCCCUUGGAGCUGGACACCCAGACGCUUCCCUACCACGGCAACCAACGCUCCGCCCCGGACAAUGACCCACAAUCUGGACCUUCCUCUCAGAACCCCUGGCAGAACUGGACCAGGACCCCCAGCCCACUGGAAGACAGAACUGCUUUCCCCUCCAAGCUGGACCUGACACCCAGCUCAAGCCCCAACCCUGACCGCAAGGACAUAGACCCACGACUGGAACAGAAUUCGGGGCCUUUGCCGGGAAGUUGGACGUAUCACGACAGUCAGGGGGAGCAGAACAGGAAGGACCAGCUCAGUGUCGGCGGGGGCAACAAGGUGACGGUGGUGAUGAGUAAAAACUCCGACCGCCUGUCCCCCAUGAUGAAGGAGACGAGAUCCAAGUUUAAGAAGUCUCAAAGCAUAGAUGAGAUUGACAUUGGGUCCUACAAAGUGUACAGUAUUCCCAUGGAGAGCUACAGUUCAUCCAUUGAGCAGCAGACGAGUUUGGACCGUCAAGACCUGCCCGGUUCUAUGGAACAGACCAGCAUGGCGCGAUCCCAGUCCGCCCCCAUGUUAGAUGAUGAGCUGGGCUUCCCAGGACAUGGCAACCACAACCAGUCUGGACAGAACCAAAAACCUGCCAUUCCACACAAGGCCUAUCACUUUGACCAGAACUACAACCCCCAGCAGGUGACCAUGGAUCGUCGGGUCCCUCCCCCCUUCCCUAACACGCCAGAUUAUGUCAACCACUCAUCAAAGGCUUUGGACUACUUGAAUCAACCGGGAAAGACGCUUCCCAAGGAGCUAGUGAGUCCUCGGUAUCGUGCGUAUCCACCGCUGGAGAUGUUUUCUUUCCCCCAGUCUCCAAUCAGCCCGGACGGCCCGCCCAGCCAGCAGCAGCAGCCGAUGCCGUCGCAGCGCUCCAGGCCAGGCUUCCUGAGGAGAGCAGAUUCUUUGGUGAGCUCUACAGAGCUCGCUUUGUUUCGCAGAGUUCAUGAAGCCCAGCAGGAAGCUUUGCAGGAGUCUCAGUACAGACAACAGGUGGACCCCCCUCAUUAUGGUCGGCCUCUUGCCUACUCAGCCAUGGAGCACGCUGCCAUCACCAACAUGGCUGACAACCAGAUGAUGCACAAUAAGAGAAAUGGUCGCUAUGACGAUGACUAUCCCACUUACCAGGAUCAGAAAAAGACUAUGAUUGGUUAUCCGACCAAGAGCCUUACUCAGCGCCGCCCUCUGUCGGCCAGGAGCUACAGUACUGAGACCUACGGAGCAUCUCAGUGGAUGGAGCCAAAAGGCAUCGGAUUUCUCCCAAACUUGGAAAAAAAAAACCCAACACAUGACUCUUGCAAGGCCCGUCCAGUGUCGGCUCGCCCCACCAUGGCUGCACUGUUGGAGAAAAUGCCACCUGACUACACCCUGGCAACUUGCCCUGAGAAGCCAUCUGAAGACACCAUCAAAGUAAGACCCGUCGUACCGCAGAAGCCCGAAGACAUCACUUCCAAGAUGCCUGCCGACUGGAGGCAACAGCUUCUCCGGCACAUCGAGGCCAAGCGACUGGACAGGAGUGGUGUCCUAAAGCACAACACGCUCACGCUGGGCAUGCUCUGUCAGGGCGGGGGUCACGGCCAGGGGCGCAGCAGCACUUUGAACUUUAACCUUUACAAUAACACUAAGCAUGAGCCCCCUGCUGGCCGCUGGCUGCCACUACCUCCUCCUCCGUCUGCCAACGCUACCCCCUCUCAGCAGGCAGCUAUGGAUAACGACCAGGAGGGGGUGUCAGGGAGCAACCACUGGACUCCCUACUCACUCGGCAGGAGGGACGUCCCACCUGACAACCUCAUGAAGAAGGGUGGACAUUCACACAACCCUUCCCACCAGUCACACAACACCAUGAUCGUCACCUCCUCUAACGCCGCUACACCUCAUCGUGUCAUAGGGCAGCAGGGUUAUGAUGGGAUGAUGAACAAAGGGGGGCAAUACCAGCAAGGCAUGUCUCUGUCACUGGUUUCUUCUGGUGGGCCGGGGCAGUACCAAGGAAACAUGUCUCAGGCAAUUCCCUCUCCCGGCCAGGCUUACCCCAGCAGCGGCCAUCCCAUGGCCCUAUCCCCGUCUGGGAAUCAAACCCAGUACAACCCUCACACCUCCCACCAGCCCCCCCUGCCUGCUACCAACCCCCAGUACCAUGGCAACCAGGGCAUGGUCCAUAGCAACCAGGUUGUCAUGACCACCCACACUAACCCACGGCCUCAAAGCGCUCGCUGCCUGUUGCAGACGAAAGGCCAGAAGAGCACAGACGGGUUCCAGGAGCAGUUGUGUGUGAGAAUAGAGAAGAACCCUGGUCUUGGUUUCAGUAUCUCUGGUGGCAUCAGUGGCCAGGGGAACCCCUUCAAACCCUCCGACAUGGGUAUCUUUGUUACUAGGGUACAGCAUGACGGGCCCGCAGCCUCCGCCCUGCAGCCUGGAGACAAGAUUCUGCAGGCUAAUGGACAUAAUUUUUUACACAUGGAGCACGAGACAGCCGUCUCUCUGCUGAAGAGUUUCCGGCGGACGGUCGACAUGGUGGUUCUGAGAGACAGCAGCACGCGCCAGAAAUAGUUUUCUAGCAAAACAUUCAAAUACAGCAAAGCUUCUCUUCUCUACUCAUCGCCAUCCAAAACCGCCCCACCUGCCCUCUGCUGGAGGCUUGUGGAACUGUAUAUGAGCCGCCUUCCGCCCCCCCCACCUUCUUUUUUACCUAUUUUGAAAAUCAUACAGACAUUUAUUUGCCUAUUGCUGGACCAAAGGCAAAUACCAGUGCCAAAUGUACCAUAGAAACAGAUCGGCUCUUUUGUCUACCGGAAUAUCAGGAUAUCAGGAACCUGAUGGACGGCUGGACGAACCACAAGAGGACUCUACGCUAUUGAGUCCCACUACAGGGCUGCUGCAGUUUGGAUUUUGGGGUUGGUUUGUUAAUUAGGCAGUCAUCUGAUUGGCCACUCUAAUUAGUUGUUGUUGUUCAGUUAAUUUUAGAGUAUUUUGGUGUUCCUUUACUGCCCUUUUUUUGCUUUUCAUCAUGGAUUUUAAAUGAUUUAUUCAUGUAGCAUCUUGCUCCUUUCCCUUUUUCUUCACUGUUUGUUUUCUUCUCUCUUAUCUUCUAUUUUUUCCACAUCAUUCUUUGAUUUUUUAUCUUUUUUUUUACUGGUUUUUGUUAUAGUCUUCCUGCUGCCCUUUGUUCUGUUUGCAGUUUUGUUUUUAUUUAGUUUUACCUAGUGUACCUAGUGUACAGAAAUUGAAAACUUAAGACUCUCUGCCUUGUAUACUUGUACAAAGAUUCGGCUUUCUAAAGCUACACUCUCAAUGGGGCCUAAACGGGCCCUAAAAGUUUAUGAUUAAUAUAAUUCUUGUUGAUAAACUAUAUUCUGAAUUCUCACCUGUGUUCCUACAGGGAUUGUUUCUCCAUAUGGAUGAUUUUCUAAAGUAUAUCACUAUUUUAUCUGUAUAGAAAAACACUUUUCAUAGUUCAUUAUUGCGACUCGCGUUACGUUUGAAAAAGCUGUUGCUUGCACAGCUGCAUUGAAAAGAGCUAAAGCAAUAUUUCUGAGGCCCCGCCUAUUGAGCUUUUCAGCAGAGCCGAACUUGUCCUGCAGUGCCAUCUAUUGAGCAAGUCAUGUUAAUGUUUACACACACACUGCCAUGCACAUGAACCAACACACUUGAAGACCUCCAUGGCCCAAUGUACAACACAUAUGCACUGAUGCAUAACGACUCCCAGUCUAAUACUCAGACUGAUUGUGGAAAAGUUCUAUUAAUAUAAAACCUGUCACACUUUUAAACAUCUAUUAUAAUAUCUGUGCCAUCUUUAUAAGCCCUUUCUUCUGCUAUUCUCACAGAAGUGUCACUAUACUUUUCUAGGUGUUUGAGUUAUACAACAAAGUCACCGCUUGCUUUUGUAAAACUGAUCACUGACACCCAGCCUUUCUUCUAUUAGUCUCCGGACAUCUAAGUGUCCAGUCUGGUUGCUCAUGCUUUGUGCCAUGUAGACCCUCUACCACUUCUUGAUUUUGUUUACACAGGUUCAAAACAUCAGCGUUUUUACCUUUUUUGUGGCUCAGAUCUGAUCUGCACGCAGUGUAUCAGGAAACUGGUUUUUAAAUGCUCACACAGCCUAAAAAAAAAAGAACAACAACAUUUUUUUUUAGCCGCGUAUGCUAUCUUGAAGUUUCCUGUCGCUGUCCUGACCUCUGGUCUUUUCUGGGGGAAGAUUCCACUCAAGAAUCAGUCAGGUAUGACAUCCAGUUUUAGUGUCUUGAUAGUUAAAUCUGCACUGAUUUUAUGUCCACCUCUUCAGGGAAUGAUCUGAUCUGUGUCACAACAGUUUUUAGUUGCACUUGAAUUUUCAAAAUAACAUGUAACCUGAGAAUAUGUUUAUUGCCACUGGGUGUGCACAGAAGUUGAGAUUUGCAUACGUAAAAAGGAAAUAUUGAGCGUUAUAGUGAGGAAAAAUGGGGCUGUAUUUGAGGUUGGCUCUGCCUCAGAUGUGAACGGUACGGGAUGUCUCUGGCCAAAGAUUGACGGUCAAAUUAGAGAUGCUAUCUAUUCUAUCCAUAGAAGUAAAAAAACUAACAUUGAAGAGGUUCAUUUUCUGCCUUUGUGUGAAUGCAACACUUGUCCUGAAGACAUUUCCGAGCAGUGGGGCUUUUUUUUCUGUUCUGUAUAAGACCUAAUGUUUUAGCCAGAGCGACACACCACUCACUCAACGUCUUUUGAAUUUACUUGACAUCCUGUGUCCACUUUGUGUCAGCCCCUCGUUAAAGUAGUAACAUAUUAGACUUCCAUUAAUUCAGCAUUAACGACACAAAAUGGCACAGUUUAAUUAGGUGGUUGAAGGACUGAACUACAGGCAUCCACCCGACCCUAUUUAGAGUUUGAAAUGUGAAAGAUAUUAUAAUGAUAACAGAGAAAAAAGUUUGAUAAUAUAAUUAUUUUUUACUACAUAUUUCAGGUAAUUCUUUAUAAAUAUAUUGAUAUACCUUAGCUUUGCUCCAAAAUUGUGAUAUUUUAUAAAGACACUUGUAACAAAGUUAUGGAUGGAUGUACGCACAGUAUGACUCGGAGAUCUACACAUGUACUAUCCAAAACUGUAUAAAAUGUAUUUCUACUGUAAUUGUGAAUUUGUGUUAUACAAAUAUAUAUUAUAUAUAUGUAUAUGAAUAUACAAACUGUCAUUUUAUAUGUGUUUAAACAACAUAAGAGCCGAACACAUGAGGGUGGUGUCGAUGUACAUAAGCUGUGAAUGAAAUCGGAUUUAAAAAGACUCAUAUUGAUUGUGAAUGUACCCCAUGCUUUCUGCAGUACCUACACCUACCCAACUUGAAUGCUGCUUCUUCUGUUGUGUGACAAAAAGUACUUUGACCUCUGAAGAAAGAAAUACUGUCAAGUUUAAGUUGGUUAGUUAAAAAGAACUAUUUAUUUCUUUAUUUAUUUGCACAUGCAAGCUGAAAUCCUUCCAGUUUUAAGUUUGAGUAUUGAUGCGGGGAAAUGUAAUUGCUAAAGUAUAUAUAAUAUAUAUCAUGUGUUUAGAAUGCAUUUUGCAGAUGCUAUCUGUACAUAUUAUUUAAGAUACACUUUUUACAAAAAACAAAAAAACAAAUAUAUGUAUAAAAUUGAAAAAACGCUGUGCAGCGAUUACACCGGAGCCAUUUUGGGCUUUGGGACGUACCAUUUUUCAGUAUAUAAGAAGUGUUUUGAAUAAUGUACUAAAGUCUCUAUUGUACAAAUAAUAAAAAUG